AUGAGCAAUUCCAAAGGCGUCGCCGAGAACAUGCUCUGGGGUGGCCGUUUCACCCAGGGCCUCGACCCCCUCAUGGUGCAAUACAACACCUCCCUCCCCUACGACCGCAUUCUCUGGAAGCAAGACAUUGCGGGCUCCAUUGCCUUCGCCCGCGCCAACAAGAACAAUGGCAUCCUAACCGAGCACGAGUUCGCCGAAAUCGAGCGCGGCUUCCAACAGAUCGCCGAAGAAUGGCGCACCGGCUCCUUCGAGGCCAAGGAGAACGACGAGGACAUCCACACCGCUAACGAGCGCCGCCUGGGCGAGAUCAUCGGCAAGGAGAUCGGCGGCAAGCUGCACACCGGCCGUUCGCGCAACGAGCAGGUCGCUACCGACAUGCGCCUGUGGCUCCGCGACGAGCUCCGCCUCCUCGACGCCCGCCUCUCGGACCUGAUCAAGGUCUCCAUUGCCCGCGCCGAGAGCGAAAUCGAGUAUCUCAUGCCCGGCUACACCCACCUGCAGAAGGCCCAGCCCGUCCGCUGGUCGCACUGGAUGCUGUCGCACGCGACCGCCUUCGCGAGCGAGCUGCAGCGGCUGCGCGAGGUCAUCCGUCGCGUUAACCGUAGUCCGCUGGGCUGCGGUGCGCUGGCAGGGAAUCCAUUCCAGAUCGACCGGCACGCGAUGGCGAAGGAGCUCGGCUUCGACGAUCUGCUAUACAACUCGUUGAACGCCGUCGGCGACCGCGAUUUCGCCAUGGAGACCAUGCAGUGGGGCAGCUCGUUUAUGCUGAAGAUCUCGCGGUGGGCGGAGGACCUGAUCAUCUACAGCAGUCUGGAGUUCGGGUUUGUGCGGCUCUCGGACGCGUACUCGACCGGGUCGUCGCUGAUGCCGCAGAAGAAGAAUGCGGAUAGUCUGGAGCUUCUGCGGGGCAAGUCUGGCCGUGCGUUUGGGCAAAUGGCGGGUCUGAUGAUGACGAUUAAGGGUCUGCCGACGACUUACAACAAGGACCUGCAGGAGAGUAUCGAGCCUUUGCUCGACCAUAUUAAGACUGUUAGCGACAGUAUCCAGAUUGCUACUGGCGUGCUGUCUACUCUGACGGUUAUCCCGGAGAAGAUGACUGCGGCUCUUGCGCCGGAGAUGCUGGCGACUGAGAUCGCGGACUAUCUGGUUCGCAAGGGUGUGCCCUUCCGUGAGGGCCACCAUAUCUCGGGCCGUGUCGUCCAGCUCGCUGAGCAGACUAAUGUGCCUAUGGAUACUCUCUCGCUGGAGCAGUUGAAGGGGGUUGAUCCCCGUUUUGACGAGGAUGUCCAGGCUUGCCUGGACUAUGAGCGUGCUGUCGAGCUGAAGGAUGCUAUCGGUGGUACUAGCAAGCGGGCUGUUCUGGAGCAGACUGCAGUCCUGAAGAAGCUCCUGUAG